AUGGCUCCUAUCAGCAGUGCGAUUGCCGGCGAGCCGACAGAAAGCAGCCGCACGCUGGACAGCAAUGAAUUUGCCGUACCUCGGGCUGUGCGGCAGCACAGCAAGCUGAUGAGCCAUUCCCCGCGCAGUCUUGGCAGAAGUACUGGCAGCGGCAGCGGCAGCGCCGCAUACAGGGCGCCACUCUUGCAGGCAGCUACGGUACCUCGACCUGGCCUGCCUCGCACGCUCUCUUCUUCCUCUGUAGUCGAGACCAUCGCUUCCGGUCAGAGUUCGAGGGCGCAAGCUGGCUCUGGACGAGCGCAGGAUGCUCCGGCAUUCUCGCACAAGUCUCCCUUGAGCGUUCAGACAUCCACCGCCGCAGAGCCUUCGCUAGCAGUUGCCGCUCCUGCUCAGGCCUCCUCUGCCACUCGAGCUCCUGCACCAUCUUCCACACCCGGCACUUCUAAACGAUCGCUUGGGGACGGCGAGUACUUUCCAUCAGGCGCAGUCACCGCAUCUCAGUCGCGCGCUCACUCUCCCGCACCAAAAGGCGAUCGUAGUACUCGCGCUUCACUCCUCAACAGUCCGGCUGCCACUUCGCUCGCAGCUGCCGCUGCCGCUGCGCAGCUCCAGAAGGCCUCUUCGCAGCGCAAUCCCGAGUCUGCUGCUCAGUCGCGCGCCCGAACAUCGAGAAGCAAUACGCUGCAAGAUCUGAAGCGCUUCAGCGCGAGCAUUAGCGAUGCGGCUCAGGCAGCGGCUGGAGCUGUUGCGCCAAUGACUGCGCCCGCAUUCGGCUCCGAACAGCGAAUGUCUGCCGACCAACAGAGAAUAGCGGAAGCCCGAAGAGCAUCUCACUCUCGAGGGGGAUCUCACGGAGAACCAUCGAGCCCCACGACACCCACAAAUCGUGCGCGCACGGGUGCUACCCAGCAGCCGCCACCGCCGCGACCCCUGACGGAAGCGGAAGAGCGCGCUCGAGCUGCAGCAAAGGCAGCAGAGCAGGCAGCAUGGGAGAGGACUCGAGGUGCUGGGAGCGAUGUCAUGAAAUUGCGAGGAGGCGAAGCGGACGAGAGACGGAGAGCUCGUACUCAAGAUGACGAGGAUAGCGAUGAUGGCAAAGCUGUGAUGGCCAGCGACUGGCGCGAAAGCGAUGUCUUGCCUAGUCUCGAAGAGUGCGAAAGGUUUCGAUCAGAGGUGAGUGUGGCAAAGAGUAUGUCGCAGCGCCUUUACGACCACUGAUCACGCUGCCCUCGCUCGCAGCCCGUAGAUGUGCCCAGUGCAGAUGCCCUGCUGGAGAGGGGCAUCUCGGACUACACCCUGCUGCCCCGUAUCCUGGGACGAGGAAAAUUCUCUACCGUGUUCAUGGCUUCCAAGAAUGGCGAGCGAUCUGCAGUCAAGCACACGGCCCUCUUUCCGCAUCAUCAGCUCAUCUCGACUAGGCUGUUGCGGGAACCGACCCUGCUCGCAGAGCUGCCCCCUCACCCCAAUCUGGUCUCCGUCAUCGAGACGGUCCGCACGCCUGGCCACUUUUAUCUCGUCGAAGAGUAUCUCGGCGGAUACGUCACGCUGGAAGCGUUGAUACCGCUGGUUGGAGGCUCCAGCAAGACGGGUGCUCCGCAGCCGUCUGUGCUGCCCGUGGAUGUCGCCAAUCGCGUGCUGGACCAGCUCAUCAGCGCUGUGCACGCCAUUCACUUUCCCCUGCAAAUUUGCCAUCGCGACAUCAAGCCGGAAAAUAUUCUCAUUCAUCCCGAAACUUUGCAGCUCAAAUUGCUAGACUUUGGAUUAGCUACGCACUACAGCAAGAGCGAGCCAAAGCUGAGUACUUGCUGCGGCAGUCCAGCAUUCCACUGCCCCGAGAUCGUCAAAGCUCUGGCAAGCCCACCGGGCGCCGUCUCCUACUGGGGACCAGAAGUCGACGCCUGGACGUGCGGCGUCACCAUGCUGCGUUGCCUCACCGGGGUGCGCUUCCCUCUAGGUGCGAAUCAUACGAGCUUGCGCAGCAUGUCCAUCCGCGCUCAACGGGCGGUAGCGACGAUUGCGGAUGCUUCGCUCAGAGACCGGGUCGGCGCGCUACUAGAGAUGGAUGGCGCAAGGCGGAUGCAGCGGUUUGCAGCCCUGGCGGCAGAUCUCGAACGCGAACAGGGCGAGCCGGAUCGCAACCAAAAGGCGUUCAAGAGCACGACUUUUAUACCGAUGGAGCCCACGCAUUCUAUGCAAUUGCCUCUUCUCACUGGACCCCUGUCGCGCCGCGCGACUCUCUCGCCGGGCCGAACGACGCCUGGCCCCUCGAGUCGAUUGGCGACACCCGUCGGAUCUCGCGCUGCCAGUCCUGCGCGCACACCUCGAGGGGAGGACGGCCCUGAUCAAUCCUCUGUACCGCCAAUCGUACUGCUGAACCCUACACUUCAGCAGCCUCAACGCGUCCUGAGCUUCAUCAAGUACUGCUUGCGAUGCGCCGGCAUCCUCUAUCACGCCUGGCCGGAUUUCUCCGCUCCGCCGCUAGAGCCUUCUACGCCCGGCGCAACGUCCUUGGCAAUGUUCAAUUCUUGGAAUUCUGGACUAGCACGAAGUGCGAGCGGAGAGGUUUCCGGAUUGGCGAGCCCAACGACGCCACUCUAUCCACCCUCUGGUUCUUCCGUCGCCAGCGAGAGAAGCGAUGGCUGGGCGCACGUGCACAUUCUGCAGUGCGUCAUCGAGCUGCCAGAGCCAGAGCCGGAAGAGUCGGACAGCGGGUUCAGUCUGGUGCAGAGCAUCAUGGCUGCGUUUGGCCGGAGGCCGUCCAACAAGCGCACCAUGUCCACUCCUGACAAGCCGAGAUCUACUGAUCGGGAUCCUGCCAGAGCACCAGGCACGCCUGGAUAUGCCAAAGCCACUCCGGGCGCCAGUGGAAGGCAAGGCAUGAUCCGCUGUCUCUCCUUCUACAUCAUCCUGCGAUUUCCAAAGAUGACGACGUCUAGCGGUCGUCCAGCGUUCUCUAGGCAGACUUCGCUCGCUCCCAAGCGACAGCGCGCCACGUCCUCUGCUACUUCUACCGCCGCAGGGUCAGAGUCACCCACAGUAUCUCGAGGGCCUAGUCUUGAUGUCGACACCAGCCCGUUGACCGUGCGCCCCGACACGAACGAAGAGGGUAAAACAAGAAAGCCUCGAAGCCGCCCUCUGAGCUCCCAUUCCUCAUCGCACGUCCCCACCAGAGACUCUAUCACUGGCGAGAGUCCCCAGUUGACCGUCGAGACGAUUGAGCAGCUCAAACGGAGUGCGGGGAUGGGGCAGCCGAGAUCUCCCUCGUCUUCUCGCGCCCCUUCGCGGACUCGGAAGCAGAGUCGCGCUCCGCGUGCUCGCAAGGCAAAGGUCUUUGUGCAGGUCACCGACGAGCGCGCUCUUGAGGCGGUCCGCAAUGCACUGAGCGUCGGCGGCACUACCGAAGGUUCGGAUGAGGAUCCGCUCCGGGAGGAUGAUGAGCCCGUGACGCCGCAAAAGGGAGAUCAGCAGAGUCGUCGGAAACAUCCGCACCGGUCGACGUCUAGCCUUUCUGUCGCCUCCACUCUGCGCACACCGAAUGAAGCUUUUGGGUUGCAAACACCUAGAAAUACGUCUGUCGAUCGCGCGCAUCGCGCCAGUGUCGGAUUUCCAUUCCCGUCGCGUGAAGACGAGCAAGAGACAAGAGGUCGACGGGGAAGGGACAAUAACGAGGUUUCACGUGGGUCCCGUGCACCUAGUCAGCUCUCUACUGUGCCACUCAAGGAGGAGUCGCCGUCGGCAAGCGAUGGUCUGAGACAAGCUCUGGUCGGCCUAUCUGCCGCUCUAGACUCUCUGGUCGGUCCUUCCAAGCUGCCAGCCGCGGACAAGGUCCCGGAGAGUGCCGUAUCCUCGCAAGAGCCCUCGCCGCUUCAGUCUCCCCGCCAACCGACUUCGCGAAGCUCGAGCGACACUUCGUCAUCAGCUUCAGCCAAGGGCGCUGCAGAGGCAUACGAGCAAGCCAGGACUCUUCUGCAGGGCCUCAACAAGCACCUUUCUCACGCAGAGCGAGAAGGUGCACCUGCACUAGAGGACAUCAUCUCGCCAGAAACGUUCACCCUCUUUAGCACGGUAUCGCCAGCCAUGGGCAUAUGCGAUCGGGAACUGGAGGGCUUGCCAGCGGUGCCAACCGCCGUCGCUCAGGAAGUUGCUCUCAGCGGUCUCGCUACAGCCGCCUUGCAGAUCGUCGCUCGGCAUGCAAGCCCGCGCGAGCUCUUUAUGGCUGCUCAAGAGCGUUUGGAGAUGCUGAGCUCGUUGUCAGAUCCUCAAGGCAGCGGCGCUUCCAUGCGCGAAGCCUCCGAGUCGGCAAAUCAAGGAAACCAAUGGCGAGUCGAAGUGCCCGAUUUUGCACGAGCCAAGGAGCCGCACAGGCCAUGGUGUGCCGCUAUGGAGAGUUGCGGCAUCAUUGCUCUGCUCGCAGUGAUUGUGCCUCGCAUACGGACAAAAAAGCCGCGCAAUUUCAUCCAGCCGCUAGUGCAUCUUCUCCCAAGGUCUAUCAGCAGCUGCUUGGCGAAUGCGCCAGAUGAGGAUAGCGCAGCUGACUCACGCAACAGUCGCUCGGCUUGCUCCGCCUCGAUUAUGCUGGCAGUCUGCCAUCUCGUCAAGGCCAUCGCUGAUUGGGAGGCUCAGAGCACGGGAGCCUCUCAGAUUUCAGGGCCGAGCGGCGAAAUCCUGGAGAUGCUUUUCGGCGUCUUUUUGGCUUGCGCUGCGAGCCUUCCGAAGCAAGUGGAUCCUGACGAUGCGGAGCGCUGCUACGCUGCUGCAGAACUCCACUUUCGAAAGAGGCACCCACGCUUCACUCUCUCGUCUGGAGCGUCCGCUCCCGAAGCGGUUACAUCGCCCAGCCGCUCGGCUACACUGCGCGCAACCUCCAAUGACGAGGUGUGGCAAGCGUUGCGCGGCACAACGACCGCUCUACAUCUCGAGCUGCAGAAUCUGGCGUUCAAGCGGGAAGCCCCCAGUCCAUCGGCAAAGGAGGACGAUGGCAUGCUUCAGCGCAACGCAACUAUGAGCGUGGGCUCGUUCAUGCUGCUGGUCCAGCUGCGCGCGCGCAAGCUCAGCUCUGUCCCCGCAUGGUCGCCUGACGAUGCCGAACGCUCCAUCUCCGAUGCGAUGCCCAUGCUGCAUGCAUGCUUUGGCGCAGGACCUCCCACGUCUUUGAGCUCAUCUGGCACAGGCCCACCAAGCAGCGGCGAGUUGCUGGCUGAUUCUGCUCAGCUCUGGCUCAUGUGGUGCUUUGAGGCGCUCCAAUCGACGCAUCUCCAAACCGAAACUGUGUACGUGCUCUCGCAGAGCUUGUCGACGCAUGCUUCACUUUGCUCUCGUCCAGUGUCGCGACAGGUCAGCCUGCGCUUGUUCUACGAUCUCUUGUCUAUGCACGCGCCUCUCGAGCUGGCUAUGGACGUGCUUCUGGAUAGCUUGACGUAUUCACCCUUCCCGCAGCUUCGAAUGGCCGGCCUGACUCUGCUGCGCGAGAUGCUUGGCGAAAAGCUCGGCAAGGGCAAAGAUGUCAAGGGCGUGCAGCUUCUGGAGCGUUUGCGACGGGUGGUAUUCGUCAUGCCGUCCGGAGCGCCCGAGAGGGAGCUCAGCGCGCAUGCCUCAUCAGACCAAGUAGAGCAAGCACAUGCUCUGCUGCGCUCUUGGUUGGAGGAGCAAGGACCUUGGAUCGGCGAGUGUUGCAACUUGCUCUAUUUUUUGGUCAAGCGAGAUCGCGAGAAUGAGGUGAGUGGGCGGCGGGAGCAUUUUCGCCCCUCUCGACUAAAAGCCGACUGCCUUACACACUAGCGAUUCACACCCUGCCCUUAACCCUCGCAGACUGGCAUCCACAAUGCGGACAGCUUAUCAGCAGUCGAGACUGCUUUGACGCGCCCGCUCAAAGAAUGGCUGAGGGCAUGCUCAGAGCGUCUGUGCGCUGUAUCGGCCCAUCGAGAUUUUGAAGCGAUGCGCACGCAAUUGGCGUGCAUCCAGCUUGCCUUGGAGCGAGCUGAGGAGGCCAUUUUGGACGUCAAGAGAUCAUUGUAA